GUUCCAGUUCAGGGGGUUCCACAAGCCUCGUACAGUUAGAAGCCAAUCUCUUUGAUGCGUUAGUCUACUCGCUAAAUAAGAUAUAAGCUCAUUUGAUCCUAUUAGUCUAGGUUCCUCUCUUUGCAGGUUCCCUCCCUCAUUCCAUCCUGAACCAUCCCAUAUUGAUAUGGCUCACUGGCUGUGUUCGGCAAGUAGGGAACCCCAACAGAUGAGUUUUUUUCUAAGCCGCCGCCCAUGAAUAGACAACCAGGAGUGUCCACCCACUGACCCGCGCGACACAUAGAACCUUACGUUAACACCACCCCGAAACAUAAUACAUCAAGUCGCGACACUCCCAGCUAGGAGAAUGAAGAGAACAAAAUCAAAGCUGGAAUAAGCGCGGCUGCUGAUGGUCUGAUAUUCGCCGCGUGAUCUACUUCGGGUCACUACCUCGUCCUGAAGAGCUACCAUGCUGACGUUCUGCCGGCUCAGUGCAGGCCGGACGGGCGCGCUGCUGCGCCGUCGGCACCGCCUCUCCGUCCUCUCUCCCUCCUCCUCCUCGUCCUCCAUCCCCUCUGACCACGAUUACCUCGCUCUUCAUCUGCCCGACCCUCCUCCUCGACCCCCCGCUUCCUCUGACAGCUCCCCCUCUCCCUCCGUGGACGAACUGGCAGCACGACUACGGCGCUCGCGACCCGGCAGGCCGGGCGAGGAGGCUGUCAUCGCGACCAGCUUUGGUGUCAUUCGACUGGACUCUGACAAUCAGCCGGUGGUUCAUGGUCAGUUUGAGCCGGGGCUGUUUGGUGGAGAGGGAACAGUAGCAGAUCCGACUGUCGCUGAGGCAAUGGCAGAGGGACGGGUGUCGGCCAGAGAGCAGACAGAGCCUUGGGAGAGGAGAGAGCGUGAUGUUUACCGAGAGGAGAUGGAAUCUGAUGUGAGUGGUGGAGACGCUCGAAGCAGAUACAGCAUGGAUUACAGUGAGCACAGCUUGCAGACCACUGCUGGUGAAAGGAGGCGCUUUGGCGUUUCACUGACGGGGAAGCGAGGUUCUGAGCAGCAAGAGUUCACCGGUGCUCACCAUGAUGCCCCUCGAGCAUCUGCAUCAUCUUCUCCCACUGCCUCGGCUGUCGCCAGCUCUACCUCAUCAUCGUCCUCGACGAGCUCUGGCGACGGCAGGAACACCUCAGCUGCUUCAGCCCCAAUUUCUGCCGAUCAUUCCCUCGGGUUUUUCGACAGCCAGUACUUCCCCGAUCCUGUAUUCUUGGAGCCCACGCGAGAAAGUGACGAUGCCCCUUCCCGUGCGUCAGAUCGUGUAAAUCCUGUCACUAUUGAUUCUCAACCUGUGGAUGUGUUCGAUGAGCAGUACUUCGCAGCUGCCUUUGAGCCCGAGAAAGCCGUGACAGAGGCAACGGCCAAGCUUCCAUCCUCUUCGCCGUUGCGUGGGCUGGAGAAAACCGUGGCCGACGGUGGCAGUAUCGGUGAGGAGUUCCAUGACCGUGCGACUGAUAAGAAUGUGACGGACAAACUAGACGGCCGACCAGAUGGUGUGUUCGAGGAGCAGUACUUCUGGGCAGCCUUUGAGGACACUGACGAGCGAAGAGAGGUAGAGAGUUACAAAGCAGGGCUGACUUCGAAGUACGCACGCGCGAGUGAGGAUCCGUUGGUGCUCGAUCCAAGGGGGGCGCGUGAUGUAAGCAUAUCUCCAGACCUUGAACGAACGAAUCUGAGUGAGAUGGGACGUGAUAGAAAUGUGACAACUAAGAGUGCCAGAGGGCUACAGGAGUUUUCAUCUGCUGCUGACGUUUCGACUUCCAAAACAGCAUCUUCUCCAACGCCAGCGCCAUCGCCACCGCCUUUUACACGAUCCACCAAGUCUGAGCCAGCCACUUCGACUCGUUCAAAGCAGUCAUCAGACGCCAAACCGGAGAAACCCUCGGACCGCCGCUCGGCUUUGGAUGUUGUUCGGGAGAUGCGCGCCUCGGCUGCGUGUGCUCGCAAAGAGUCAACCAAUCGUGGGCGACAGCUGAAAGCCGAAGUCACCGAUCUGUCCGCGCUGCCAGCGUGCGACGUGGUGUCCAUUCUGCGAGGCGGGGUGCUCCACAACGCCGACGACUUUGUGGUGCUGUACAAACCCGCAGGGAUGUCGAUCCAUUCUGCAUCGGAGCGACAUCCGCAUUGCCUCACCGCGGUGCUGCCAGAUUUGGCAAAGAAGCUUCACUGCGAGCAGCUUCUGACGGUACAUCGCCUAGACCGAGAUACUAGUGGCGCUCUGCUGUUGGCGAAGACUCCGGAGGCAGCGCACCGCAUCAGUCAGCUACUCCGCGAAGGGCGCGUCGUCAAGACCUACUGGGCGAUAGUGCGUGGCGAGCCAGAUCUCCCGCGAGGAGUGCUGGACAUACCGGUGAUGAAGACGACCAUCGCAGGAAAGGAGAGGAUGACCCUUCCUUCCGCCGGCGGUGGUAACGCGCCUCCAGGCGCCCAGAAGGCUGUGACAAGGUACCGGGUGCUGGCACGAGGCUCCGGCUGCUCCCUGCUGGAGCUCACACCGGCUACGGGAGUGCGACACCAGCUGAGGGUCCAUCUCGGUCUCGGUUUGGGGUGUCCCGUGCUGGGCGAUCACAAAUACUCCCGCUGGGAGACGGCCGUGAAACCUCAGCGUCUGCCGCCGGCGGCACUGUCGGCGUUUGGUUUGCGCGCGCCUGAAGCGCGCCAUCUGCCGAUGCACCUGCACGCGCGCGCCCUCUGGAUGCCCGGACUGGAGAGGAGGGUGAUGGCUCCGCUGCCUGUGUUUUUCAAACGUAACCUGCGCCGAUUGAAGAUGGCUGCCGGUAAAGUGAAGGCGGAUGGAAGUAAUUUUAAGAAGGUGUGAAUGCUGAGUGCCCGGGGGGGGGGGUAGCGCGCCUUGAGAAAGUGGAUGGUGAGUUAAUCAUGUUCGCGAAUGUUUGAAUAAUGCUUUUGUAAUGUUGAGAAUUCACAGCAGUGGAGAAAGCGUUAAGAGUGACAGCAGAGCAGAUGAUAUUUAGUUUUGUCUGCGACGUUUACAGAGCCUUCUCAGCGCUUCAUCUCCAAUGCUGAACCACUUCGUUCGCUCCAAGUGGUGUGGCCAGCCCUAAACUUAGCUAGUUUUGGGGGACCGUUUCAUUUCACGUGAUUGGUGCCAUGCUGAGAGAAACACUGUGCGCUGCCUUUCAGCUCUCGCCUAGUCCACGAGCAGUGUCGUAAGAUGGCCUUUGAGAUGACGUCAGAACUGAUACGCCGUGAGUUUGUUAUUGUUGUCUCCAAAGCUGUUUCCUGUGUCAUUUUGCAAAUAAAUGAUUGCUAAUGUAAAA